AUGGCGGGCCCGCCCUGUCGGAUUGUAGGUGGAAUCACAAUCGCAAUACGAAAUAAUUUUAAUUUUUUUUUGAAACCCCUAAAGAAAAAGAAAAAAAAAAAAAAAAAGAGAGCAAAAGAGAAGAAAGAAUUCUCCUUGUUCGUUUCCGUCGCCCGUCGUUUCCCUCUCUCUUUCCUGUCACCUGCUUGCAGCUGCCUGCUUCUCCUCCUCCUCCUCCUCCUCCUCCUCCUCCUCGCCUUCAAAUUCACUUCUCUCUCUAAAGUCCUCUCUCUUUCUCUCUCUAAACGCGUUCUUCUCCGCAUCUCUGCAAGUCUCUCUCUCUCUCUAUCUCCCUUCCUCCGCCGUCGAAGAAAUGCAAGGAGACAGCGCCGGCGAGGCGGCGUCGCCGGCGGCGGAGCUGACCGGGUCAAAGGGGGACGACGACUACGUCGCCUCCUCGUCGGAGGGCUCCUCGACCCCGGACGAGCUGGCCCUCGGGCUGACCCUCGGGGUCGGCGACUCCCGCCCCUUCAAGUCCCCGCGGCCCGGCCCCGUCAUCCUGACCGCCAGGACCUGCCUUCCUUCGUCCCCGCCUCCCCCUCGCCGCCCCCGCCGCCGCUGCCGGCGUCGGCGUCGGCGUCGUCGUCGUCGUCUUGUUCGUCCACGCUCAGCCGGGCGGAGGGCGGCGCGGGGACUAAGAGGGGCGCGGAUUCCGUGGCCGCUCCUACUGCUUCCAGUCAGGUAGUGGGAUGGCCUCCCCUCAAAACUCACAGAAUGAACGUCUUUAUUAACACUCCAAAAUCUACUUCAACUGGAGAGUUUGACCCCGUAGUUGAGAAAAAUGAUAGCAAGCUUGCUGUGUUAGAGAAGAUCAAUAAUGCCAGAAAUGACAAAAGCAGUAACUCCAUGAAGGUAUCGUGCCCCAAAACUUCUCCUUUUGUAAAGGUCAAUAUGGAUGGAGUUGCAAUUGGAAGGAAGGUAGAUCUAAAUGCACAUCAAUGCUAUGAGAGUUUAGCAGAGACAUUGGAGGAUAUGUUUGAUCAUCCCACUACAAAAGUCAACGCACCACGUUCAAAUAGGUUGAUGUAUCAUGGAUUGGUACGAGCAACAAGUGCCUCAAAAUUGUUGGAUGGUUCAUCUGGUUAUGUUCUUACUUAUGAAGACAAAGAUGGAGAUUGGAUGCUUAUUGGAGAUGUUCCUUGGAGGAUGUUCGUGAAUUCUGUGAAGAGACUUCGAAUUAUGAGGACUUCUGAGGCUAAUGGACUUGGUACUGAAUUACAGAGUCAAUUUUCUGAGACUUGAUCAUGUACAUGGUUUUGUAUGAUCAUGAUAUUUACAGCAUUGUUGAUGAGUGCUAACCUUAAGCUGGGUAGCUCUGAAGCUAUCCAGGUCCCUGUAGAGCAUGGUUGUGAACUUUUGAGUGAACGGUGUGUAUAGCUUGCCCAUUAUACGGUUGUGGAAAUGAAAAGACUGGAUAAAUGGAGCAUUUUGAAAAUCAUGGUUGCUCCUCUUGGUGUCCCUUUUCUUUUUUCUUUUUUGUUGAGGUGACACUACCCUUUCCCAACUUUUGUCACUGCCGGUUAAAUCAAACUUUGGAAUGUCCUAUGUA